AUGGCUGAUCUGGGGGGCCAGCAGGGCCGGAACUACCGGCCCUACGGACAUCCAUCAUCCUUUCAGCGGGAUGCUGCUUUCUCUGAGAUCUUCGGCGGGGCUCCGCCACCCGGUCGUUCCCAAACCAUGACAUCGCAGACUCCCAUGUUCUCCCAGGAUCGAGCUCACACAAUGACUUCACACGUGCCACAUCCUCAGAUGCAGAGGGGCCCGCCGCCGCCGCAACGCCAGAUGCAGAAUGGAUACGGAGCUCCUUCUUCGAACGGUUAUUACCAGGCCUAUCCCGGGUCCGCAGGCGCGCCUUCUCAGCCCCCUCCGCAAAGCGCUCCCCGACCCUAUGCCGGACGCUUCGCCUAUCCGCAGCCCCAACGGUUGGAUUCACGCCCCGCCCCGGGCCCGCAGUAUCCGGACGCGAAGGGAUACGGUCGCCCGAUGCCCCCGCCUGCCUUGAAUUCCGACACCUAUAGGUCACGAUCAAUGGCGAGAAUGGGGGGACCGGCGAAUUAUCCCCCUCAGCCGAACAGCUUCAACCACACCUCCGCGACCGCGUUCCGCCAACAGCCGUACAACGCGGCCGCCCCGAUGACCGCGCAAGGCCGAGUGGUACCGGAACGACAUGGAAAUGAGCGGGCGAUGUCGAUGACCUCCUACUCGGCGGAUCGUGAACCCAUGCACACUACCAGCACGGGGCGGGUUAUUCCCAGCCGAAGGCAGCCGUCAGGCCCGAGCCAGCCUCCGGCUAAGCCCUACGAGGCGGAGCCGACGCAUCCUCCGCCUGUCAAUGGCAAGCCUCGACCGCCGAGCGACGGUUCGACGAACUCGCGGUCGAUGUCGAUGGCCUCCACCGUGGUCCCCGAUCGGACCAUGAGCAUGCAAAGCCAGCUGACGCACAAGCCGAGCACCCAGGCGACCGUGACUGCGAGCAAUUCGCGCCGCAGCAAGGUGCCUUUGGUCUACCCGGCUUUGCUCUCGCGGGUAGCCGACAACUUCCGGGAGAGAAUCCCCCUGGCCGAGCGGCAGAAAAACGGGCUAUCCUACCAGAAUUCCUUCUCCGGCGCCGAUGCCGUGGAUUUGAUCGGGUACAUCAUCAAGACCAACGAUCGCAACCUGGCCCUCCUGCUCGGUCGCGCUCUGGACGCACAAAAGUUCUUUCACGAUGUAACCUACGACCAUCGUCUCCGAGAUGCUCCUGGCGAGCUCUACCAGUUCAAGGAAACCAUGGGAGAAGAGACGCCCGGCUUCGAGGUCAACGGAGUUUUUACUCUGCUCACCGAAUGCUACUCGCCCACCUGCACUCGCGAUAGCUUGUGUUACUCGAUUGCUUGCCCCCGACGACUGGAACAACAGGCGCGCCUGAACCUGAAGCCGCAGCCGGGAUUGCGAUCAUCUGCCUCGAAAGGAAGUUUGCACGGUGAUGACGACGAUAAUGACAACCAGAAACUCUGGAUUAAUAUGGUCCCCAAGGAAAUAUCUGAUGGCAUUGAUGACCGGGAAAAGAAACGUCAAGAGAUCAUUUUUGAAAUCAUGUACACUGAACGUGACUUCGUCAAGGACUUGGAGUACCUGCGUGAUUUCUGGAUGAGGCCGUUGCGCGCGGCCGGCAGUACAAACACCUCUCCGAUCCCGGAACACCGGCGGGAGAAAUUCAUUCGCACGGUGUUCGGCAACUGCUUGGAGGUGCUGAAAGUCAAUGGCGGUCUCUGUGAGGCCCUCAAUGCCAGACAGAAAGAAAACCAUGUGGUGCAAACCGUCGGCGAUAUAUUCCUGCAGCACGUGCCACGGUUCGAUCCCUUCAUCAAGUACGGCGCGAACCAGCUGUACGGAAAGUAUGAAUUCGAAAAGGAAAAGGCCUCCAAUCCCGCCUUCGCAAAAUUUGUCGAAGACACCGAACGUCUAAAGGAGUCCCGGAAAUUGGAAUUGAACGGAUACCUCACCAAGCCGACAACCCGUUUAGCCCGAUACCCGCUGCUUCUCGAACAGGUCAACAAGAACACGGCCGAGGACAACCCGGACAAGCAGGACAUUCCUAAUGCCAUCAAACUGAUCAAGGAUUUCUUGUCGCGCGUCAACGCUGAAAGUGGAAGAGCCGAGAACCAUUUCAACUUGGUGCAGUUGAAUUCCGCGCUCAAGUUUGCCCCCGGGGACUAUGUCGACCUAAAGUUGACCGAGGAGAACCGGCAGAUGCUGACCAAGAUGGCAUUCAAGAAGACGACUUCCGACACCUCGGAGGUUACCGCCUAUCUCUUUGACCAUGCUGUCUUGCUGGUGAGAAUCAAGGUCGUCAACAAGCGCGAGGAAUACCGAGUGUACAGGAAGCCCAUCCCGUUGGAACUUCUCGUGAUUGCGCAGAUGGACGAAGUCAUCCCCAGGGCGGGAGUCUCUAAGCGUCCAUCGUCUAGUUUACUCUCGAACAAGCCGACGCCGCCUCCGCCCACCACCAAGGACGGACUGCCAAUUACCUUCCGGCAUCUAGGAAAAGGUGGUUACGAGCAGACGCUAUAUGCCACGUCACCCACUCAAAGAAGAAAAUUCAUCGAGAUGGUGGAAGAACAGCAGAGGAAACUCAGGGAGCGAAACAGCAACUUUUACAACAAGACUGUCCUUUGCGAGAAUUUCUUCUCAGCUAUCAAUCGCGUCAACUGUCUUGUUCCUGUUGAUGGUGGCCGAAAGCUGGUCUAUGGAACUGACAGCGGUAUCUACCUUUCGGAGCGUUGGCCCAAGGAUAAGUCGGCGAAGCCCCGACGGGUCCUCGACGUUAGUCAGGUCACUCAAAUCGACACGCUCGAAGAGUAUCAACUACUUUUGGUGCUGUCGAAUAAGACCCUAUCUUCAUAUCCUAUGGAGGCACUGGAGAUCAACGAGGGCCAAAACACAAUGGCCAAGCGACCCAAGAAGAUUCAGGGCCAUGCAAACUUUUUCAAGGCCGGCAUUGGGUUGGGGCGGCAUUUAGUCUGCUCGGUCAAGACUUCGGCUCUCUCUACCACUAUCAAGGUGUACGAGCCCAUGGAUAACCUGGCAAAGGGAAAGAAGAAGUCUGCCGUCAGCAAGAUGUUCCAGAGCGGUCAGGAUACGCUGAAGCCUUUCAAGGAAUAUUACAUUCCUGCGGAAUCAUCCUCGAUCCAUUUCCUUCGUUCAACAUUGUGCGUUGGAUGUGCUCGUGGAUUCGAGGUUGUCAGUCUUGAGACUACGGAAACCCAGUCUCUUUUGGACCAAGCCGACACGUCGCUUGACUUUGUUGCCCGGAAGGAGAACGUGAAGCCCAUUCACAUCGAGCGAAUGAACGGAGAGUUCCUUCUGAACUACAGUGACUUUUCGUUCUUUGUCAACCGAAAUGGCUGGCGUGCCCGCCCGGAUUGGAGGAUCUCGUGGGAGGGUAACCCCAACGCGUUUGCCCUAUCCUAUCCUUACAUCCUCGCAUUUGAACCCAAUUUUAUAGAGAUCCGGCACAUUGAGACGAGUGAAUUGAUUCACAUCAUGACGGGGAAGAAUAUCCGCAUGUUGCACUCGUCCACCAGAGAGAUCCUCUACGCAUAUGAAGAUGAAUCAGGCGAAGACGUCGUAGCCAGCUUGGAUUUCUGGAACAAGCCACAGCACUAG